CCUUGCAUUUGAAAAAAAAUGCUGGCUUUCUGAUUCAUUUUGUGACUGCCCUUUACUUCGUUUCAGUAAAGUUGUAGUUGGGAUUUGGUUUAUAUGAUCAGAUGAUUUUAGGGUCAAUAAUGUUUUUUUUUUUUUCUGGGUGUGUUUGGUUGGUGAUAAAGGUGUUGAAUUUGUGGGCCAAAAUGUCUUUAAUUUCCUGUUUGGUUGAUGGGAAAAUUGUGGAAGAAGGAAAUGGAAUGUGAAAAAUUAGAUUAGUAUGUCUGAUUAUCGUAGUUGUAGGGCAGGAUUUGUACCUAGAAAGUUAUGAAAAAUAUAAUUAAUGAACUUUUGAAGCAUUGGGUUGGAUUAGGUUAUCUAUUGUGGUGGAUUUUUUAGCUUUUAUCUGUGAUGCUUAUUUAUCUGGAAGAUUGGUGUUGUUCAAGGAAAUUUUCUUUUCUUCUUUUAUGAUUUGUGUUAUAUUUUGGGGAAAUAUGCUGAAAAAAUGGGAGUUUUGAGCAGGAAGACACGUGGAAUGGGAGCUGGUCGUAAGCUGAGAACCCACCGUAGGAGGCAGAGGUGGGCUGACAAGGCAUAUAAGAAGUCAAAUCUUGGAAAUGAAUGGAAGAAACCAUUUGCUGGAUCAUCACAUGCCAAAGGCAUAGUUCUUGAGAAAAUUGGCAUUGAAGCUAAGCAGCCUAACUCUGCUAUCCGAAAAUGUGCUCGUGUUCAGCUAAUCAAGAAUGGAAAGAAAAUUGCUGCUUUUGUACCCAAUGAUGGUUGCUUAAACUACAUUGAGGAAAAUGAUGAGGUUUUGAUUGCAGGAUUUGGACGAAAAGGGCAUGCCGUGGGAGAUAUUCCUGGAGUCAGGUUCAAGGUUGUUAAGGUAUCUGGUGUGUCUCUUCUAGCUCUUUUCAAAGAGAAGAAAGAGAAGCCAAGGUCAUAGGAUUACUGGAAGAGUGUAGCUUUCAUCAUGCUUUACCAAAUUUUUGUUUGCAUCAAAAUGGUAUUGCUUGGAAUUUUGUAAUGAAGGAUUUUGUGAACAAAUUUUCAUUUAGCGACUUAAAAACUGCCCUUGUUUGUUCUGAAGUGAAAAUUUUGAUUAGUUUAGUAUUAAUAUAUUGUUGCUUUACAGCAUUUAACUU